UAAGGAGAGAUAGUAAGUGUAGAAUAUUAGGGAAUUAAUUUCUUGUUUUUCUUCCACCAGCUUCUUUUUCUUACCAAACCAUUAAUGGAGGAAAUUCAACUGCUAACUUUCACCAAAAACAAAGUACAGCUAAGAAAACAAAGCAACGACAGCUUUUAAUUACCCUAAAUCCCUCAUAAUCUCUUGAAAAAUUUCUGGCGCCAUUUGUUCACCCACCAUUUUUUCAAAAAUUUCUUGGAUGCAGUGAACUACCGUACGAGCAAGAAGGAAGCAUGGAACUGGAAGACAAGGAGAGCACCGAAUCUGGUUCGCCGGCUGGUAACUCGGAGGUUGACUCACCACCGUCAAGCGGCGGUGCUUAUGGCGGGCAAGACAGUGCCGCUGCCGCUGGUGGGGUGGUUCCGGGGACAAUAAAUAUGGCAGUGAACAUCAGUAUGGAGAAAAAUGUAGGGGUGACAAACUCACCGGCGGUGCCAGUGGGUGCUGGAGGCAGCGGGGUGAUGGGUGGUGGGAUACUAGGUGGUGGGAGUGCUGAGUUAUUGAUGGGGAAAAAGAAGAGAGGGAGGCCAAGAAAGUAUGACGCAGAUGGGAACUUGAGAGCGGGGUAUAUUGGAUCACCACCGGGUGCGGCGGCGCAGCCCGGCUUUACUCUAUCAACGCCACCGUCUCUUGAAUAUUCAUCAGGCCCCAAAAAAGGGCGUGGUAAGCAUUCGGGUUCCGGCAACUGGAAAGCUCUUGCUUCUUUGGGUGAAAUAUUUGCGAAAACUGCUGGAGGAGAUUUUACACCGCAUGUGGUGACUGUAUACACAGGAGAGGAUGUUGCAGGGAAGAUCCUAACAUUUGCACAAAAGGGCAGUCGAGGAGUUUGUGUUCUCUCUGCUAAUGGAUCCGUCUCCAACGUUACAAUUCGUCAGCCUGGUUCAUCUGGUGGCCUAUUGACAUAUGAGGGGCGUUUUGAGAUUCUAACUCUAACUGGGUCAUACACGAUUUGUGACAAUGGCGGGAUCAAAAGUCGGACUGGCGGAUUAAGUGUUUCAUUAGCCAGCCCUGACGGUCGUGUAAUAGGUGGUGGUGUAGCUGGUUUGCUUAUGGCUGCUAGUCCCGUACAGAUCGUAGUUGGGAGCUUCGUGCCUAACGGUUUUAAGGUGCAGAAAAGAAAGCAGAACACAGAACCAAGAGCAUCACCCACCAUCCAGUUUGCUCCAGCUAUUGUGACAGCAGCAAUACCAAUAUCACAAGCAGCACCAGAAAACCACGUCUACCCGGUGCCCACAUCACAAUUACCAGCACAACAGGGAGAAGCUGAUAACAGUUUGAGCAAUAGGGAUCAUCCAAAUUCUGCAUCUACCAACACAAGUGAUUGGAACGGCUCUGGGCCAAGCUCCGAUCAGAGACCAUCUCCCGACAUUAACAUCUCUAUACCUUUCGAGGAGCACUGAAACUCUUCAGUCUUUCAUCUCAAGUAUUUAGUCACUAAUCAGAUUAUUACUGACGGUGAAUUUCGGGCAGUUAACCAUAGGCUUAUGUGAGGAGUCCUAAAAGACACUAAAUCUACUUCAUUCUGGCUGUAAACAUGUUUCCUGCUAAGGACUAUAACAGCAGGAAACUAGUUAAACAGGCAGACAAUGCAAAAUAUGACAACCAAAUUGCAGUAUUACUAUUAGUAAUGAUUUUUCUUAGUAAUUCUUAGUACCUCUCCAUGUUAGAUUAGGGACAAGAAAUCAAGGAUUAAAGUCGAGUAAUACACUCAUAUUAAUUCCACUCAGCUAGUAAUAAUAAGCACAACUAUUUGCAGCAGACAACUUUCUACUAAUCUUCACAUAUUUCAGCGCUCUUCUGAGUCUCCAUUUUCUUGUAAAAAAGACAAUCAAUCUUGGAAUAGUAGCUCCAACUCCAUUGCAUCCUACAUUUGUGCGGGUGGAAGAGCUGGGAUUCCAAUAGAUACAUGAAUGAAGAAGUAUGCUGGGCCAUAUGUCAAAAUCCCACUCGUGGUGUAGGGUGGAUUUGACCAGAGCAGGGAUAGCAGAACGUCCAAAAUGAUCUUUCACAUAAGAAGGGACAUCCUUAGAAAUAGUGAGCCCAUCAAGAAAUUUGAGCAACUCACCGUUUAGAAAACGAUCGACUUUAAGAGAUGGGCAACAUAAUUAACCUAAUUACAAGGACAAUAAAGACACUGUUAUUAGUCAAGCUUCAAUAAUUCAUCAAACCUAAACCCCACUAAUUUCUCUCAAUUAAACUUAAUUAAGCUUUGAUUCUUCUCAUUAGUAUUAAUCCAUAAUUAUUGUGAAACACAGGUUUUACAUUAAAUUCGUCUUGACAACUUCAAUUGUAUAUUUUGUUUUAAUUACCGUAAAGAGAUUAACUGAUGUCUUUUUCAAUUAGUGAAAUAAUUAUAAUAAAUUACAACAAGUUAUCCUAAAAUUUAUUAUUAUUAUAAUUAUUUUUAUGAAGGCAUAUUUAUUAGAGAGCCAUUAAUUCAGAAAUAUUUGUAAAUUUUUAAAUAAUCAAAACAUAUUCAUAACGAGGACAAAUCUUAAAAAAAAGCAUUGUUAAUGGGCAACCAAUUGCACUAUUAAUAUUAAAUUCUGAAAUUUAUAAGCAGAUAUCUCUCUAGGACCGCUUACGGACAUGAAAUCCAGUAUAAGGUCGAA